CAGUGUCACAAACCUGGGAGCCGCAGCUGCACUUUAUAUACAGUAUAUACCUGUGACUGGAAGAGGCACUAUAUACAAUGAGUUACCAGUUUCUGUAUCAGACUAUUACAGGACUAAUAGUCUCCUCUCACAACCAUCCCCCUCCCCUCUCUCCUUCCAGGGCAGAACUGCUGAAUCAGCCACAGCCUGUGUAACUCCCAUACUGUGACUUGUCAGUCACCACCUGCCAGGACAGGACCUCAGUCUCUCCCCAGCGCUGCAGGCUCUGACAUGACAGCCAUAGGGGUGCAGCAACUGCAGAAGACCAUGAAGCCCCAGCUCAGGUCUCGGAUGUUCUUUGAGACGUUCCUGCGUGUCAUGAUCACAUUGAGCGCCGGGUCAGCCAUAGUCCUGUCAUCGAUCUCAGUGUGUGAUGGUCAGUGGCUCUCCUCCCCUGGGGAACAGCUGUUCGGAGUAUGGGACACGUGCAGGAAGGAUGCGGGGCCACAGUGCAGCCAGGAGAUGGCCCAGCUAAGCAGAGUCAUGGUCGUGGUUCGGACAACAGUAACUUUGGCUGUAGUCCUGGCAAUAUUUGGACUUGAGUUGCUUAUGGUUUCCCAGCUCUGUGAUGACGGUCAUUCCCGCAAGAAGUGGAAUAUGGGAUCUGUGUUGCUUCUAGUCUCUUUCUUCCUCUCCGCAAUAGGAACCCUGACCUAUGUCUUCUACCUGAGCAGCUACACCAUCCAUAGCUCUUUCACACUGACCUUCUGGAGCCAGUUCCUGGGAGUUUUCCUCUUUUUCCUGAAUGGCUCCAGUGGACUUUACUUCAACCAUCUAAUUGCAUGAGCUCUGUAGGCCUUACUGUGGGGACAUGGGUCACUGAGGAUCCAUCACUCUAAGAGCCAAGAACUUUGUAUCUUACCUGGGGGUGCCUGACCCGAGGAACAUCUUAUGUUCACACUGAGUGCCGUUACAACCAGGACCAGAUUAAGAAGGGUGCUGACGGGACUACAACUUCAGGCAUCUACUUUUGAGCCAGAAUAACAAUGGGGCUACACAUAUAAACAGGCCCAUCAUCAUGAUAGAAUGGAGAUGACCACUCGGCCAAAGAGUCGGUCAUUUGAAAUAAGUAUUUAAAAUUGUAUUUCUAUUUUCCUCACACAAUUAUGCAGUCUUUAGAGGAUACAUUGGGACUGGCCACACCCACACCUCGCUGUCCACACCUCCACUUCUCACAAUAGGCCCAUGGUCAUUUUCAGCCUCGGGCCCAUGUGGCCCUUAAUCUGACCCUGGUUAAGACCUGGCCUGCUAUAGAACAUUAUGUCAAGUAUUAUAACUUAACUUUUCAAUAGAGAUGGUCCGCGCACUUCUGUCUGGCCAAUAAUACACAGUACAAAACUAAAAACCUUUGAGUAUGCAGUCUUUAAUUCUGAGCUAAUUCGUAGAACUUUGAUACGUUUUUAAGAAUGAAGGUCGAUCAGAGAUUCCAAAUCAAGAGUCUAUCUCACUCCAUGAACUUCAGCUUAAUGUAAUGCUACGCCCUGCAAGAGACCAACAUAUAUAUAUCGGAGCGCUUUGGAUUGUAUGUUGGCGCAUAAGCGAAUUUACUCAUCACUUUGUCUCCAGCUGAUAUAGUUCUGUCAACCACUGAACUUUCUGCCCUGAAUGUUUUUCCAUCGCUAACUUGUGUACGUAGUGUGAUGGUGUUUACAAAGGUAGAAAAAUGUAUAUAGGGCUGUAUUAGGGAACAGGGGCAAGUGUUAGGUCGGCAGUUGGUGCUUGGGUGGCAUUUAAUUCAUGAGGGUAUAAAAGUCUACCCCAACUCUUUCUCUAGCCUCAGUAUUUACCGCCAGCUGCGGAUGCCACCUGGAAAAUGAAGAUGAGCUUGUCCAGUGAUUUUUUUUUUUUAUGUGACAUUGUACAUGGGAUAAAGCACUCCCUACUGUAAACGUUAUAGGUAUUAGAAGUCACCAAGGAAGUUUCUGAGCUCCUAGAAGUUUGAGGUUCUAGGCCGACCAUAGAAAGUCGAGAUGUGCAUUAUUUAGGCGUUGGCCUUUCCAGGCCGCUGUGUUCCCCUGAUGCUCCUCCGGUUCUGUGAUAAAAAGUAGGAGAUUUAUCAAAGCUUGGAGGGUGAUAAAGGGGUCUAUUUACUAAGCCUUGGAUGGAGAUAAAGGGGUCAGAGAUAAAGUACCAGACAAUCAGCUCCUAACUGUCAUUUUUGAAACAGCCUGUGACAUGGCAUUUAGGGUUCGGUAUGAAAUUCCAGUGGUCGGGUUGCCAGUGGUCACAUGACUGACAGCCGCAUCCCAACACUUUAGAUCACGAUAUCUGAGGGGGUGGCAGCUACGGCUAACCCUCGGGGUGUGUCGGCUAGGGCUAACCACUCCCCUCCCCCAUGUGCCUAAGCCCUGCCAGCCCUCCGUUGUGUCUAACCCUUACCCCCUUCCUGGGCCCUAACCUAAACCCCAAUCAUUACUUAAAAGAUGUCGGCACUGGUCUCCAUAGUGGAAUUGGGUGUCAGUCACAUGACUGCCGGGAUGCCGAUUGGAUCCCCCUGUAACAUGCCAGAACCUGAUUUGUUGAUCCUUUAUCUCUCUCCAAGCUGUGAUAAAUCUCCCCCCCGCACAACAUUUAAUGACCGCAGAGAGUGAUGUAAGGACCAAUCAGAAGCCAAGGCACUGACACACCCCACAACUCAUCUAGGCUCUGUUCUCACACGGGUUGUGAGGGUCACCAUGGAGACCCGGGGAACACAGCUGAAUGCAGCACCUCCCAGGGGAAGGGGGGCAGGGAGUGACAUUUAGUGAUGCAUUGAGAAAUUGGCAUCAGCUACUUAAUAGAGGAUUAAAAGAUCAUCGCAAUAGUAAACACAAUUAUCUGACCAAUCUGCAGCAUGUUGUGCCGUGAUGAGAAUAAAUGUUUAAUUAGC